AUGGAUGUAUCACCAGUAUUCUACAAGCGUAUCCAAGAAUUCUAUCUUCGAGAAUUUGAUUGUAAUGUAUUGGUUACUGUCGGCCAAGAACCAAACAGGAGAACGUUCCGGGCACAUUCUGGAUUCCUGAAAGCAAGCUCGAGAUAUUUCAGAGCUGCGUUUUCCGGCGAUUGGAUCCGAACAGACCAAGAUGGAAAUAUUUUGUUCGAGAAACCAAAUAUUAAACCGGUUGUUUUUCAAGUUAUAUUAGACUAUCUCUAUCUUGAUCAAUUAUUUGAAGUUGUGCGAAUGCCUGAAUUGGAUUUACUUGAAUUGCUAGUUGCCGCUGAUGAACUUGAAUUGGUUGAUUUGUGUAGUCGCAUUGAGACUAGGAUCAUUCAAGAAGAGCGACCAUGGUUACGAGAAAAUCUUCAACGUGUAUAUAGCACAGUAUUCGAUCAAGAGCAAUGGUACAAACUUCAGAAAAGAUGUGAACUAGAAAUGAGAAUGAACCCAAGUCUUAUCUUCAAAGGAGCCGAAUUCACAAAAUUACGAAGCGACCAACUUUUACAAAUUGUGACGUUUGACGAUCUCGACAUGGACGAAAUCGAAAUUUUCGAAAGUCUAAUUAAAUGGGCCACCUCACAACACUCAGAGCUCGAAACAAUCGCCGUCCAAUUAUGGUCCGCGCAAAAUUUCGAAACCGUUAGACGCACAAUAAUCGAACACCUUGGACACAUUAGAUUCUACGGGAUCCCGUCCGACAAGUACUGGACCCGAGUUCUGCCCUACAAGAAACUCGUUCCGAAAGAACUACGUCAGGAUAUUGCACGUUUGAAGUUUCUCCCUGGUGCGAGACCUAAAUUUCGCAACUUGCCAGCGCGCAAGAAAUCUAAACCUUCGGGCUUCAUUUUGAACAGAGAUAAUUAUUAUGAGAGCGAUGCGUUUAUGAGAAGCGAAGAGGAAUCUUUUUAUGACAGUGAGCAAAGUGAUACGCUUUAUGAUCGAUUUUGGUGUCGUCAAGCUGUUCGGGUGUUAUGGAAGAGACCAUUUACAUUUCUGAAAUACGAUAGAGAUGCUAUUGCAAUUAUCACUACUUGGCUGGCGUGCUUGAGUGAGGAAGAUAAACGUCUACUAAGGGAAAAAGAUGUCCCGUUGAAAUUAACGGCAUCCACAACUUUAUUCAAUUAUCCAAUGUUUUUACAGGAAUUGAAUUUCGGACUUUUGGACGAUGCUGUUGGGAAAUGGGUUAAUGCCUGUGCAUCUUCGGCUCUUUCCAGGCGACGAGAUAUGGUUAACAAAUGGCGGAUUACAACUAGUCUAUGCAAUUUUAUUUUUCUUCAUGCUGAAACUCUCACAACUAUUAAUAUCACAAAAUUUCAAGAUACGACAGAUGUCCCGAACUUCACUAAAUUCCCAAGAGCUUUCUCGAUAAUUCCUCAGCUUAAAGAAAUUGGAUUCUGGGGUACAAAAGAGGCAAUCACGUUAGGUGAUUUAGCAAAUAUUAGAAAUUUUCUACUUGGUGUCCAUGCUCAUAGUCCACCGCUCUCAUGUCUUCAUCUUCGAAAUGAUCUCGUAGAUGUGGAGACACAAAAACUGACUUCGGGUAUAGUUGAAUCACAACACGGACUAACAGAGUUCAAAUUCAAAGGAAGUUGUGAUUAUUCUAAUGUGGCUUUAUUGAAAUUGUCCACUGAUAAACUUUCGAAAUUGGAAUUCUAUCAGAUUGAUCUAAAUAACUCAAUUGUGGAAGCUUUCUCUGCGUGUCCAAAUCUCUCCAGUUUGACUUUUAUCUCGUGCACGAAUUGUUCAAACGAAAUGUGGGGACCGGUCCUGAAUUCGACGCUUAAACUUCGGCAACUUUAUUUCCAUCAACCAAAUCGAAAUAGCGGUAAUACGGAUAUGGCACCAUUGAUACAAUCGGCAGGUGUGAGUUUGGAAUUCUUGGUACUUGGACAAGAUUACUCAACGUCUGUGUUCGAAACAAUACAAGAAUGUUGUCCAAACAUAACAGCACUAUCAAUAACACAAACAAAGGAUAGUGUCUCCACGAUUUUCCCAGCUAUAACAAGUUGCAAAAAUCUUUGUCAGUUAUCGCUACGAGUGGAACAUUGGGAAGGAUUCGCCAGCGAUGUGAUUCUAAAUGAUCUUGCAAAUUCAAUUCCAUCUGAGCUCGUUGCUCUGAAUCUGGAUCUCCCCAUAACGCCCGAACAAUUAUCCACGUUUCUAAUGAAUAUUAAAUCGCCACUUGCAAGACUAGGUCUCGUCAAUAAACGGACAUUAACAGAUGAACAUCUUUCUGUGAUCACGGAAUUCGCAAAGACACGAGGUACACUAAAGAAAAUUGGAUUUGGUGGACUUUACAAAUUGUGGUUUCAGUUCGAUCAAGCAAGAGUACUCGAGGCAAAGAAAUAUGUGGAUUUUGUUCAAAAUAUUUGGUUUGAUAUGUACGCGGAAAGGUUGGAGGCAGAAUUUAAGGUACCUCAAUAUGGCGGACUCAGUUGGCACUAA